GCCAUCCGUCGGAUUUGAAGUGCAGCGUCUUGAAAAUGCAAAAACUGGCAGUAGUUCUGUUCUACGUGAUCAUCACCGGAUGUCCCCAUGGAUUUGAGGCUAUUUCCCCAAACUGCACGACACCAGGAAGACUUCACAAGGAGUUUGAGGAAAUGUGCCAACGUCCUUGCUUACGUAUCGCAGCGCCACUCACGCCCUACGUGCAACAGUUACAGGACGAACUGAAGUGGCGUAAGAUGUAUCCAGGAUUCGAGAAGUAUGAACACAGACUCUUCUACGUCGAGCAGGCAGAACUUGUGAGCUGGGCCGAGGCCAUUGCAGUUUGCCACAAAAAGGGGGCACAACUAGCCGAAUUCGAGGACGACGAGGAGUUCCAGGCGGUUUUGAAAAAAUCAACCCCCAGGGGCACCUACUGGGUGGGCAUCACCGAGGGCAAGGACGGUGGGUUCACAUCCGAGGACACCAAGCAGCCAGCCCGCUUCUUAAAUUGGGUAUAUGGCCAACCCAUAAAACUAAAGGACCCCGCUUGCGUUGCAACAAGGUCUGGAAAGGGAAUAUUUACGCAUCCUUGCCAACUCAUAAAUAACUAUAUUUGUAGGGUGGAGUUACCUUUAAAAAAUAAAUAAUAUAUUUACAAGUUGUAA